GGUGGUAGUUCAGCGGAUACGGACUCGGAUAGCGAAUAGUGGCUCAGUUUGCUUUCGUUCGUCCUUGUGGAGAGUUCGGCAGAGCACGUGCAGGCGCGUGGUUCACGCACGUUGUGCACCGUAUUCUUGUUAUUCUUCUUCGGUCCCCAUUUGACUCUCUGCUCUCCGGGUUCACGUAAUAAAACCCACUGGAUUACACACCGCUUGCACGUCUCUACCCCGUCAUCGCGUGUGAAUGUGGUCGUGAUACACGGAGGUCAGUGAUCAAGGGAUAUACGCUCUGUCGGAGGGUUGCUCCGAUUAAGUGUCCAGUUUGUCCACUGCAGGAUGAGUGCGAUGACACGGAGUUGGUUCCUGUGCAGUUUAUUCUUUCUGGGAUACGUUCAAGAAUGCUGGCAGCUCGUGAUAAAAAGCGUGAACGUACCGGCAACGGUGAAGGCCGGCGACACAGAUUACGUGAUACUGGACUGCGACUACGAUCUUGAGAACACGCGCAACGAUGGGCUGGUCGUGAAAUGGUUCUUCAACACGAACGACUUGGUCUACCAAUGGAUACUCGGGAUGAGCCCAUUGGCCGGCGAGCUCACGAACAACUACGUCGACCUGACGUACGAAGCCAGCAACAAUUCGUACACCAAGCACCGAGCCAUGAAAUUGAAUAAGCCUGGUAUCGAUCUUACCGGCGACUACACGUGUGUCAUAUCCACUUUCGAGGACGAAAAGUCCGCGAGUGCGUCCAUGGUUGUGUACUCAACCGAGGAGAAAUUCGAUCUUGUAUAUAGAAAGAAAACCAUAGAUGAUAAGGAUGUAGUGGUGAUAACGUGCAUAGCAGAAGGGUUAUUUCCAGAACCCACUCUGGAUAUAUCCAUCGAGGGUCUUCCGGAAAAGCAAACAGAGAAGCCCAGCGUUACGGUGCGCAAAGAUGGACUGUACGAUAUCUUAUCACGAACGGCCUUGCUGGACGAAGAUUUACCGGAAGCGGCGAUUGUCAAAUGCUUGCUGGGUAUACCGAAGGCGAACUACAACGUUUCCCACAAAACCGUCUACUAUCCCGGACCGCCUACUACCACUUCAACCGCUACAACGAAGCUGCUGCACAUAAUGGAGAACCAAGCGCUAGACAACUCAGAGCCUGGCGAUGGUGGUGGAAUCUACGCGCGGUAAAUAAGGUCCGUAGAAACGCUAACGGCUUCCAGAGAAAUGAAAUACAAACAACCAUUGAAUAAAUGUGCCAGGAGUAUACUUUAGCUCCAGAAAAGAUCUUUUCUUCCAUUAAACAAUUUCAUUCAACAUUACGCUUGACGAG